AUGUUGAAAUCUCAACGACUUUUGUUAGAAAUCUCAGAAAAUAUACAACAACAACGAAUCAGCGUAGAAAAUGAUUCAUAUCUUAUGUUUUCAAUAAGAGAUGGACAUUAUGGUAAUCGAUUUGAUGAAGAUAGUCUUAUGAUCCAGUUGUAUUUGGAUGAUAUUGGUCUAACUAAUCCACUUGGUGCAAAACGUGAUAAACAUAAAAUGACUAUGGUAUAUUUUUCUCUGGAGGAUGUUCCAGACAAAUAUCGAUCGAAACUUGAUUUCAUUCAAUUAGUUGCUGUUUGUGAGAGCAAACAUCUCAAAAAUGAUGUCAAAGCUCAGCGUUUCUUCGCGCCGAUAAUUGAAAAUUUAAACAAGUUGCAAUUGCAUGGUAUUUCAAUUCACGGCGUUCAUCUUACGUUUUCUUUUUCUACCGUUGUUGCUGACAAUCUAGCAUCCCAUUUUGUAGGUGGUUUUCAGUCUUGUUUCAAUGGUGGCCAUUUUUGCAGAAGAUGUUAUAUUACAUAUUCAGAGAAGAAUUUAAUGAUUUCAUUAUCAAAAAUUCAAACUCGGUUAAUCAUUGAUCACGAUGAUCUUGUUGAUAAGAUCAUCAAUGAUCCUAAUAGAGUCCCUUUGAAGGCUGUUAUUGGACCAAGUCCUUUACGAGAGCUGAUUGGUUUUCAUCCGACAACAUCAUUACCUCGAGAUCUCAUGCAUGAUUUAAUUGAAGGAAUAUGCUCAAUGAUUAUAAUUUCUUUACUCAAGCAAGCGUCUGCAUUACGAAUUAUAACAUACAUUCGUAUGCAAGAACGUAUGGAACAAUUUCAAUAUGGAAAAUUUGAUUCCAGUAAUCAACCGCCUCCACUGCUAGUAAAACACCUUCAAAACAAUCAUAUGGUUGCCACAGCGGCACAAAAAUUAUGUUUUUUCAAGCGUUUCCCUAUCAUUUUUAAUGAUGUAGUUUAUCUUUUACCUUCAUUUAUAGUGUACAAAGUAUUACGAGAAAUACUUGACCUUAUAUUGUCAUAUCCAUUUCGGAAAAAAUGGCUACAUGUACUUGGUGAAUUAUGUGAUACUUUCCACGAAACAAUGCUAAGUCAUUUUCCGGAUAAAAUAACGCCAAAGGCGCAUUUUAUUCGAGAAUACAAAUACAUAAUCAAUGAUUUUGGUCCAGCAGUUAAACAAUGGUGUUUUAGAUAUGAAGCUAACCAUUCCUAUUUCAAGAAAAUCACAGCUCGAACGAAUAAUUUCAAAAACAUUCCGAAGAUGCUUGUCACACGUUAUCAUUUAAAACAAUGUUUGACAUUCGGUCAUUUAUCUCAAUUACAAUCAUCUCAAUAUUCUGUAGGAAUGAAAAAAGUUCAAAGUACUUGUUUUAAUUUACCAAUGAAAGAUAUUUUAUUGAAACAUUUCGAUCAUAUUGAUUUUGAUAAAGAUCUAUAUCAAUCUAAUACAUUAAUUUAUGACAAUGUUGAAUACCGUCGAUGUGGAGUGAAUAUUAUAGAUUUGAAACCAUCUCAUGCGCAACCAAUAUUUGCUCAAAUUAUUAUGAUUUUAAAAAAGAAUGAAAAAUGGUGGUUAUUAGUAGAUAUUCUUGAUACCAUUUGUUAUGAUGAAAAAUUAUUUGCAUGGCAAAUACAAUCUACAGCUCGAUAUUCUUUGAUUGAUCCAAAUGCUUUAGUAUAUUAUCACAAAGAAUUGGAUAUUUAUAUGGUGAAAAAUUUGAGUUUUGCUUCAUUUACAUCACAGCAUGAUGUGGAUGGCCCAAUGCUCAAGAUGUUGAAUAAUGUUGAACGAAUAUCACAGUUAAUUCCGAAAUUGAAACAGCAGUUACGUUUUUUAGAAGAACGUGAAAAAUUAUUACGAGGAAUUGAAAAUGGUUCAAUUUCAUGUGAUAGUUCUUUAUCUAAUACAUCUACCAUACCUAAAACACCAAUUAUUACUGUACCAAAUGCUCAAACAUCACCUACUGUUUCAGUUAAUUCACAAUCACUAUCUUCAAUUUAUUUGUCAAAUACAAAGAUUUCAUCAACUAUGUCUAUGAAUAAUUUAACAACUGAUCAAAUUAUUACCGCUACAGAUAUACCUUCAUCUUUUCCAGAUAUAUAUGAAGUACCAAUAUUACCAAAUGCUUUAUUGAAAGAUAUUGAAGCUGGAAAUCUCAAAAGUUUUGGUCCACAUUACCAAGGUCGACAAAUACUAAUCGAUGCAGUAGUUCAUGAUCUGGUUGAAAAUUAUAAUUUACUCUAUUUAUCAAAAACACAAUAUAAUACCGUUGGCUCUGCUAUUGUGCGAUGUUUGAGAUUACCCUCAACACCAGAAAAUCUAGCAAUUUGGAAAGACGCAUUACAAACUAAAUUAAAACGAACACGUGUUGAUCAUCCAAAUAGCAGUCUUGUUCAAGUAUUUCGCUCAAAAUAUUCAAAUUUGGGAUCUGGACGUCCAGUCAAACAAAAAAUUGGUACAGUUGUUGAACGUGAUAGAAAUAAGCAGAUGGUAAUAAUGCCUUAUAGCGAGGAGUUGUCUGAUGAAAUUCAAUCCAAAGUGGUACAGCUACAAAAUUUUUCUCAAUUUGAUGUUAGCACUCAAUUACGGUUAUGGAAAGAAACAUUUAUCUUUCGUCGACAAGUCGUACGAGAUCAAUCAACCAGUGAUAUUAUGAAGAAUUUUCUUGCCUGUAGUAAUGCUUUCCUGCUCUUCGAAGAAGUAAAAAUGCUGACGAACAUUGACUUUAGUAAAGAAGUUCGACAACAAGUUCCUAUUUUACUAGAUAAAUUAGUUGAAACUCCUGCAUUCAUUGCCGAGCAGAACCACUCGAUUUUAUAUUGUGUAUUACACGGUUGUAAACAAUUUAUCUCUAAUUCAAUUCGAGUAUUGAUAAAAGAGAAGAAUAUUGAUAUUCACCGUGAACAUCUUCAACUGCCAUCUAUCUCGUCCUAUUCUGUCUCAAACGAUACAACAACACUUACUAAUGAAUCUCAAAGUCAAUCACAAAUUGUUACAAAUUUAUUGGAUCAUUCUAUUGGUAAACAGAAUUCUUUUAUUGUUAAUCAAAUAACAACACCAACUACUUCGACAGAUAGUUCUCAUUUAAGUGUAGGUGUAGCUUUUGAUACAAAUGAAUGCAACGGAAACAACGAGAACGUGUCACCAUCUGAUUGUAAUUCUCAACUUCAAACAAGAAAGAAACGAAAACGUAAACAAAAUUUAAAUGAAGAAGAACAGGAUGAUACAUCCAUGAAAAAUGCUCCACAAGAAAAUGUUGAAUAUUCUCUAAGUCGUCUUCCACUUGCUAGUAUGACAAAUUCAACGGUUGCAAUACGACAGACAAAACGCAAACGACGGACUUGA